GUUAUUAUAAUACACAAUACAAUAGAUUGCCUAUAAACAACACACAACCAUGUUUUUCAGAUUUCGAUAGUAAUCUAUAUUAUUAUAGAAACAUCAUGCGAAAAUGCAAAACAGUAAAGAACCCUUGCAAAAUAUGUUUGGGACCAGUCAAGCAGAAGAAUGGCCUACAGUGCCAAGGAAUUUGUCAAUGCUGGGUGCAUUACACUUGCCUUAAUUACACUCCUGGAAAAAUCAAGGAUAUAAAGGCAGGUAUUAUCAAAAUAACAUGUCCCUGUCCUGAUUGCAAUACCUCUGUACCAAAGGAAUAUCGUACUGAUGAACCAUUUAGCUGUACCAAUGUUCAAUGUCCAGCAAACACGCCUCCAAAAUGCGAAAACAGGGAGUGCCCAAUAAACCAGAGUCGAGCUCAACACUCAAGAAACGUAGGAACUACUAAUAGCAUGGAUAGAUGUGGCAUCGAAUGUUCUGAUAACAGACAAAGUGGACAACCAAAGUCCGUAUCUGACACCUCUGUCUUUUGCCCUUCUGGUUGCGUAUCCCAAAGAGACAUUCCAGGCGAUAUGGGAAGACUUCCUGAUACAAUGCCGUCGUUGGGUACUUUAGAACAAAUGUGUAAUACAGUUGGACAAUUGUCUAAUCAGAUAAACGACCUUAUGAGCAAGAUGAAGCAAGUAGUUCAGAGCAAAGGAUGCGGCGGGCAGAGGACUUGCACUCAACCCGGUCCAAAGUCGUUAUGCCCUAAACCCUGUAAUUGUCCAGGAAACCCUACGAAGCGGUAUUCUUAACUAGUCAUGUCACAACGUUUGUUAUUGAAAUUUCA